AUGUCGAAAGUCAAGAAAGCCGCAAAGAAAGGCAAAGGCCGAAAGAAGAAGACUUCAUCAAAUCCUACAACGCGGCUUCCGAGAUCGAAAAACUCACCAUCCAGAUCCUCGAAUCGUGCCAUUACUGGAUUUAUUUUUCGUGAACAAUCAAGUAGCCUGCUUGAUCUGGAGGGGGAUGAGAUAGAACCAAUGGACGAUGCAUAG